CGGAGCGCGGCGCGGGUUGUUUAGGUCCGGUGGGGCUGUGAGGCUGACGGAUAGUAGUGGUCAUGGGGGUCCCUAAGUUCUACCGGUGGAUCUCUGAGCGGUACCCCUGUCUCAGCCAGGUGGUGAAGGAGCAUCAGAUUCCAGAGUUCGACAACUUAUACCUGGACAUGAAUGGCAUUAUACAUCAGUGUUCACAUCCAAAUGAUGAUGAUGUUCACUUCAGAAUCUCAGAAGAUAAGAUUUUUGCUGAUAUUUUUCAUUAUUUGGAAGUUCUUUUUCGUAUUAUUAAACCAAGGAAGGUUUUCUUCAUGGCAGUUGAUGGAGUAGCUCCAAGAGCAAAAAUGAAUCAGCAGCGUGGGAGGCGCUUCAGGUCAGCAAAAGAGGCAGAGGAGAAAAUAAAAAAGGCAUUAGAAAAGGGAGAAACUCUCCCUACAGAAGCCAGAUUUGACUCCAACUGUAUUACGCCAGGAACUGAAUUCAUGGCCAGAUUGCAUGAGCAUCUGAAGUAUUUUGUAAAUAUGAAGAUUUCCACAGACAAAUCCUGGCAAGGAGUAACAGUUUACUUAUCAGGCCAUGAGACUCCAGGGGAAGGUGAGCAUAAAAUUAUGGAGUUCAUCAGAUCAGAAAAAGCAAAGCCUCAUCACGAUCCAAACACAAGACACUGCCUCUAUGGCUUAGAUGCUGACUUGAUUAUGCUGGGAUUAACAAGUCAUGAGGCACACUUUGCGCUCUUAAGAGAAGAAGUCAGAUUUGGUGGUAAAAAAUCUCAAAGAGCAUGUGCACCAGAGGAAACCACGUUUCAUUUGUUGCACUUAUCCCUGAUGAGAGAAUAUAUUGAUUAUGAAUUUUCACCGGUAAAAGACAAGAUUUCCUUUGACUAUGAUAUUGAAAGGAUAAUAGACGAUUGGAUCUUAAUGGGUUUCCUUGUAGGAAAUGAUUUUAUUCCUCAUCUACCUCAUUUACAUAUUAAUCAUGAUGCACUGCCACUACUUUAUAGAACAUACAUGGCUAUCUUGCCAGAACUAGGAGGUUACAUCAAUGAAAAUGGGCAUCUGAAUUUACAGCGCUUUGAAAAAUAUCUCACCAGAUUGUCAGAUUUUGAUCGGGAACACUUCAGUGAAGUCUUUGUAGACCUAAAAUGGUUUGAAAGUAAAGUAGGCAAUAAAUACCUCAACGAGGCAGCUGGCAUUGCAGCAGAGGAAGCCAGAAAAAAUAAACAAAAGAAACAAAAGGCUGAGGAAAAUUCUAUAUGCUUGGCUGCUUUAGAAAAAAAUGAAGCUGAUGUGACCCCUAAAACUGUAUUGGAAGAUGAGCCAGAAGAUGAUGAUAUGUUUGAAACUGAAUUUAGGCAAUAUAAAAGAACUUACUACAUGACCAAAAUGGGUGUAGAAGUAGUUUCUGAUGACUUCUUGGCUGAUCAAGCUGAAUGCUAUGUCCAAGCAAUACAGUGGAUUUUGCAUUAUUACUACCAUGGAGUUCAGUCAUGGAGCUGGUACUAUCCUUAUCAUUAUGCACCUUAUCUGUCAGAUAUUCGCAACAUCAGUGAACUCAAAAUCAAAUUUGAACUGGGGAAACCUUUCAUGCCAUUUGAACAGCUUCUUGCUGUGCUUCCAGCCGCUAGCAAAGAUCUGCUACCUAAAUGCUACCAGCAUUUGAUGAUUAGUCAAGAUUCUCCUAUUAUAGAAUAUUAUCCACUGGAUUUUAAAACUGACCUAAAUGGAAAGCAGCAAGAAUGGGAAGCUGUAGUGCUAAUUCCGUUUAUCGAUGAGAAACGACUGCUGCAGGCCAUGGAAUCCUGCAAUAAGUGCCUAAAAGAAGAGGAGAAACGGAGAAAUACUCACAGUCCUUGCUUAAUGUACUGGUAUGACAGAGAUGCAGAGUUUCAGUACAUGUCCCCAUGGCCAGAGAAAUUCCCUGCUAUAGAAAGAUGUCGUACAAGGUACAAAACGAUACCGUUGGAUGCUUGGCAUGUAGACAUAACCCACAAUAAGAUAACUAAAAUGAACAAAAGUGUGUUAUAUUUUUGUGGAUUUCCUACUUUAAAGCACAUUAAACAUAAGUUCUAUCUUAAAAAAAGUGGUGUGCAAGUAUUUCAGCAAAGCAGCCAUGGAGAGAACAUGAUGUUAGAAAUCAUAGCUGAUAAUAACUCAAAAGAACAGCUGGUAGAAAAUGUUGCCAGUUUGAUACUUGGAAAGCGUGUUUUUGUUAACUGGCCACACCUUGAAGAAGCCAGAGUUGUUGCUGUGUCAGAUGGAGAAACCAAGUUUUAUUUGGAAGAACCUCAUGGCACACAGAAGCUCUACAUGGGAAAUUCAGUGCCCCCAACUAAAGUGGCAUAUGUUGGAGAUAAGGAACAAAGUGUGUGGUUAAAAGAAGUUCAAGGCAUUUCAGAGCACUACCAGAGAAGAAAAGGAAUAAUUAUUCAUGAAACAUCAGUAGUUGUAUAUGCUCAGUUACUCACUGGUAACAGAUAUCAGCUAAACCAAAAUGGAGAAGUCUAUUUGGAGAAGCAGUGGUCAAAACAAGCUCUUCCUUUUGUUUACCAAACUGUUGUCAAGGAUAUCAAAGCCUUUGACUCACGUUUUUCAAACAUCAGAACUUUGGAUGACUUGUUUCCUCCUGGAAGCACAACCUUUAUGCUGGGAUCUCCUUACUAUGGCUGCAUGGGUGAAGUUCAAGAUUCACGUGAUGUGGUCACAGAAGGCAGAAUUCGUGUCGUUUUCAAUAUUCCCUGUGAGCCCCAGCUUGAUCCUUUAAUACAGAAUCAGCAUAAAUACUCUGUGAAAUACAACCCUGCCUAUAUUUUGGCCAGCCGUCUUGGAAUAAGUGGCUAUCUCGUCUCCAGAUUUACAGGGAGUAUUUUUAUUGGAAGAGGAUCAAAGAAAAAUCCUCAUGGAGAUCACAAAGCAAAUGUGGGGCUAAACCUGAAGUUCAAUAAGAAAAAUGAAGAAGUUCCUGGCUAUACUAAGAAAGUUGGAAAUGAAUGGAUGUAUUCUUCUGCGGUAGAACAAUUACUUGCUGAGUAUUUAGAAAGGGUCCCUGAACUAUUUAAUUAUAUAGCCAAGAAUAGCCAGGAAGAUAUAUUCUAUGAAGAUGACAUUUGGCCUGGAGAGGAUGAGAAUGGAGCUGAGAAGGUUCAAGAAAUCGUUGCCUGGUUAAAGGCACAUCCUGUGUCUGCUUUGUCUCGCUCAUCUUGUGACUUGCAAAUUUUGGAUGCAGCCAUCGUUGAGAAAAUUGAAGAAGAAAUAGAGAAAUGCAAGCAGAGAAAGAGCAACAAGAAGGUGCGAGUAACUGUGAAACCUCAUUUGCUGUACAGACCAUUAGAACAACAGAAUGGAGUUAUUCCAGACAGAGAUGCAGAGUACAGGCUGUUUGACCGCGUUGUCAACGUCAGAGAGAACUUCUCCGUUCCAGUUGGUCUUCGAGGUACCAUUAUAGGAAUUAAAGGAGCCAGCAGAGAAACAGAUGUGCUCUUUGAAGUUUUGUUUGAUGAAGAAUUCCUGGGAGGCCUGACUAUAAGGUGCUCACCUGCCAGAGGUUAUCGUCUGCCAUCAAGUGCCUUAAUUAACCUGUCUCAUGGUAGUCGGUCAGAAAUGGGAAGUCAAAAACUGAUGGCCAUAGUUAAACCUCAGCCAGCUGUGAGUAACUACAAUUCUCAUGCAUCUGAUCUGUCAUCUGUAUGCUCACAAAAAGUGCAUCUGGGAGGCCUCAACCAUUCUCCUCGGUCCCUUUUUGUUCCUACUCAACAGCUGAAUGGAAGGCAGCAAAACAAUCUCAGGGCUGAAAAUCAAGGCAACUCCAACUCGAUCCAGAAAGGAUCAUUUCUGAGUGGCAACCAGAGAAACAAAGCACAGAGUAAUCAAGACGAUGAAUUCUGCAGCAUAUGGCAAUCACUGCAGAGUUCUGGGAAGUCUCCCCACACCCAGCAAAAUAUGCAUGAGAAGGGUACAGUUCUACCUCAGGAAAUCAAGCUGGCAACUGGUAAUCAGUUCUAUAAGCCAGGAUUCAAUGACAGCAGCUUUAAAGGUCAGCAAAGAAAACAGGAGCCGUACAAGAAAUUUAAAGAAGAUUACAGAGUUACAAGAGGUGAAAAUCAGCCACGUAAUAAAAUACCAAACAAACAGAAUUUCACAGAUGUGAAUAAGUACAAUAUCAAACUGUUAAGGAGGAAUGAAAGUCCCAACAUGCCUGUAGUUCAGAAGGCUGCAGUUGAUAGUCCCUCCACGGGUGGAAAGAAGGAAAAUGAACUUGAAAGCCUUCUAGCUUCUUUGAAAAUUUCCAAAGAAAAUGAAGUGCAGACUUACUCCAGGGAAACAAGAGCUAAAACUGAAGAACAUCUGUCACCACAAUCGUUUGUUAUGAAAGGAACACAGAUGCUCAAAGAGAUUUUGAAGAUAGAUGGCUCUGACCUAGAAACAAGGAAUGAGGUGAAACCCCAAAUUAAUGAUGUUCCUGCUCCCUCUAGUAGACAGGAUUGCCAUGGAGCUGCCUUGCAGUAUAGACAAACUAAAAAAAUGGCUGCUUAUAUGAACAAGGCCUAUAGCAGUGGUGGCCCUCAGAAGACACCGGUGCUGGAAACCGGAGGUCAUCCUUUCGCUUGUCCACAGCCUGCACUGUCUACUGUCUCUGAGCUUUGUCAUAUUUGUUCCCUUGCUGGAAUGUCACAGCCAGAUUUCUCUUUCGUAAAAACACCACAGACCAUGACAGUUUGUCACAUAAAACUGUCAAAUGGUUUGCUGGUUCAUGGACCACAGUGUCACUCUGAAGCUGAAGCGAAGGAGAAAGCUGCCCUUUUUGCUUUACAGCGUUUGAGUUCUGUAGGAAUAAAUUUCCCUUUGCCUCCACCUCCACCUAUGUUACCAAAUUAUCAAGCGCUGGGAGUUCCUGUACCACCUGGAUCUAUUCCUCCAGUAUUUGCACAGCCCCCUGCUAAUAUAAUGCCUCCAUCGUCCUGCAUGUUUGGUCCAGUGUCCUGGGGAACUCCAGUGCCGAAGCAUUAUUAUUCCAGCUCUUAUCCAGGAAACGUGUCUCUUGCAGGAACUAUACCAGUUGGUUCUCACAACCAGUUUAUACCUCUGCAGGUAACUAAAAAAAGGGCUGCUAGCAAGAAAAACUUUGAGCUGAAGGAUUUUCAGAGUUCCCCUCAAGCUGCACCACUAAAGAAUGAACAGCCAAUGUCUUCUGAGCACAUUCAGCAAGAUAGUUCUUCAGCUCCUUUAAAAUCUCCUCCAGCUGCUCAAUCCACUGUUUCAUUUCAAGACAAUGUGGCUACUCCAAGCGUUCCUCAUAACAAAUCAACACCAAACACUUCCAGCAAGCGAAAGCCAAGAAAGCUGGCUGUCAAUUUUGGUGCACCAAAACCUUCAGAAUAAAUAUGGUAGCUAGGUGUAUUUUAUCUUCAACUCUUUCCCCCUCCCCUGUUAUGUUCUAGCUUUUUGAAAGUCAGAAAACUCUACUGAAAAACAGACCAGCCACUUUUAUAUAAUACAGAAUGAAAUGCAUUUUAUUUGCUGUUAUUUCCAGGUUGUUGCAAAACCUAUAAAAGUGAAAACUUAAUGAAUUUGACAUAAAUGAGCAGAAGCCAGGAAAUGCUGAGUUAAGGUUACCAUGCCAUCCAUUGUGCCUAGCUCUCUCAACAGUGGCUCGCAUUACUAUACAGAGUAAGCAGCAAUAACAGUGGCAACCUUAAUUCAGAAUUGCUGUGCUUUUUGGGAGGGAUAUGGAGCAGUAAUAAGUUGGGCAUCUACCGCUGCUUAGUAUGACCCUUUGUAUUCUUAGCUUAUUUUUAAAUAGCUUAAUAAGACAGAAGGAAAAAUUACUUAAAUGCAGCUUUUGUAUUGGCUCUCCAGGUCAUUCCCAGUCGAAUGACCUAACUACAAUGAACUUCCAAAUUCAGUUGAUCCACGAACUGCUAGGUUUUAUACCAGAGGGCAGCAACCUGCAAAAUGUAGAUGUUGUUGUAUCUCUGGUAUUACAGUGGCAAAAAGUGGUUGCUGAUGCAGAAUCUGUUCCAGGAGAUGAAUUUGUAGGGUGUAUCAAACCAAAAAAUGAAUUUGCCAAGUAGAGAGCUCUUUGUUAAAGGAUGGUUAAUAUUCUUCAUCUAGCAGCAUUCUCACGCUGCAUUCAGGUGAUGAAAUAACAUGGAUAACAACUGCAGAUCUGCACAGCCUCCUAAAAUGCUAGUGAUAACCUGACUACAACACUGGCCAGACUUUUAAAGAUGUCCGUUUGUGUGUUAUGCCUGUCGAAGUUAUGUUUACUUAGAAUCCAUUUCUCCACCCUCUGAUAGUCUGCACUCUGAAACCUUCUCUAUGGUAGGUUAUUUUUUGUUGUUGUUGCUAGUGACUUCUAACUUUUUUUUUUUAACUCUAUGAAGGAAGUUUACAUGACAAAACUAAAUCAUCAGAAACUGUUCUUCCUAGUCCCAUAAGAAUCUUCAGACAAACAGCUGAUUGGUAUUUUUGGAGCGAGCUGUGUUGUAAAAGCAAUUCCAUCCCUUAGUCCAUAGAGGAAAGAAAGGAAGAUUCAGAGGUCCCUGUGCUACAUCUAACCUACAGGUACUAUUCUUACUGACAUUAAUAAGAAGACUUCAGCUUAAGAGAAGAUUUUAAACCUCAGUUUGUGCUGCUUACUGAUGUUGAUUAAAAUUUAUUUUGCUGCUUUAUUCAAAUCAAUUCCAGAAGACAGUUUUGGUAUUUUGUUUUGUUUUGUUUUCCCCUUCUAAGGCCCAGGAAGCUUAGAAAUAAAGCAUACUUUAGUCAUUCAUUUUGUUACCUCUAAACAGGUUUCGUGUUGGAUCUGGAAGUUCGUAGACUUUCUUUCAGUUCCACUACUUGUUCUUUAUUUCCCUUUGUUGGUGUGGAACCCAGUUUCACAUUCUUACUAUGUCAGAGGUUUUUUUUUAUACUGAUGUCUCUUAAGCAGUUGUUCCCUUCACACUAUUUGUGGAAUAGCAGCAAGCCCUACAAAAGGGAUCACAGACAGAAAAACAGAUUAAUAACAUUUAACAUCUUAUUUCAUUUUCCUUAGUAUCACAAACCUUGUAGAGUAUGCAGUAUGUGGUCUUAAAAUGUUGUAUUGUUGUCUUUAUAGCCAUCUAGUCCCGAGAGGGUUUGAAGGCAUGAUCCAUGCAGGGAAGGCUGCAUGUUCUGUCCUUAAAAUCAUGUGCCUGACAGGAUGCUGACGUGACACAAGAGGUGUCCAGGUAAAACGUAACCGAGACACAGAUGUCAGUCCCCCAUAGCCUACAUGAGUUAUCUGACUGUCAAAGAAAAGAUCUCUUUAGAAAGAGGAGCCUCCUUUGGGUUCUUGCCUGGUGGAAGGCUGGCAUACCUGGAUAGCAGAAGUGUGCAGGGUUCUUAGAAGGAGAAUGCUACACCCUUCACACCGGUAACACAGCCAUUUUUAUUACUAAUUACUUCAUUCCAUCACUUCCACUCCCUUCUCGAGCAGAAUUGCUGUAUUUAGUACAUUUGGCUUCAUUCUGUAGUCGCUAAUUGUAUUAGUCCCUGUUUUGUUUGGGUUGAUCUGUGCUAUGAUGCUGACUGCCUGGUGCCCAGUUAAUUACAGUGUUCCAUGUCCUGGUAGGGUGUGACAUCUGCAUUGACCUACACCAUUUCCCCUGUGAUUUCAGUCUUCUAUUUUAACAAGUUGAUUGUUUAAUUCAUACAGAUCUAAAUUUCAACAUUGUUUUUUUUCUCAUAGAUACAAAGUAUUUUGUAAGCACUGGAGUUUUUAAUUAGAUCUUAUACAGAGCAGUAUUUUACUAAAAAACCAAAAGGGAAGACUUUUAUGUGCUCAUUUUUGUAGUUUCUGAUUAUUUUUUUUUAAAUAACUUUUCAUUGUUUUAUCUGCCAAGUGAAAUGUUUUGAAUUUGCAUAUGAAUGGAUACAGAAUGUAUUUUUUGUGCUGUUUAGUGUUAAGUGUGCAUUUUCAGAUUUUUAGCAUGUAGCUGCACAUGAGACUGUGCAAAGUUAUUUUAAAAUAUGAAGAUAUGAUACACUGAAGGAAAAAAAUGUUCAUAAAAUGCUAUAUAAAACUUUAAUGCAAUAGAAUAAUUUUCUAAGUCGUCUGUGUCUGCUUGGAUUAAAUAUUGAAACAUGA